GAUGAGCACAACUUGAUCUUAGUGCUGCAAUUGCCAGAGCUGCUUUGGCCAGCGAUAGCGGAGAUUCGCACUGACUUUCACGCAAAUCUGGACAGUCCUCUGUGCAGGUCCAUGGCUCCUUCUGAGGCAGAGUGCGAGUUCCAGAAGCUGCAGCGGGAAGGCUAUAUAGUCAUCCAGGGCGUACUGGAGCCAGCCUUGUGCGAGGCCUUGCGUCAACACGUGCUGCUCUGCACUGAUGAGGCUCACCGGCAAAACCGUCUGGACCUCUUCGGGAACAUCCAGGAGGCGGAGCACCGCAGCGACCUGAAGCUGGACCUCUGCGAGCCCGUGGUGGAGGCGCUCAACUGCUUCAGCGCGCGCUGCCGAGAUCUGCUCACGCGUACUAUGGGCGGAGAUGCUCGCAUUGUCGAGUUGGCGGCCAUCAGCAGCAGCAAAGGUGCGGUGGCGCAGCCAGUCCACGCGGACACCAUGCACGGCGUCACGCGAUUCUUGCAGAGUGAUAUAGCUCUCCACGAUGCCAAGGGCCCAAGCGACGAUGCUUCAGAGGAUGAAGAUGAAGCUGAUGACCUGGGGCACAUUGUGCAAGCGGUUGCCACGGAGACUGCGCUGAUCUUCACCUCGCUCUUGGCGCUGCAGGACGUGACCCCGGACAUGGGGCCGACGCACGUGUGGCCUGGCACCCACACGGUGGAGCACCACGCGACACUCUGGAGUUCGCACAUCUCCGGCAAGCUGUCUGUGAACCAAGCCGACGAGGCCUUCGGCGUGCCUCACCGGAAGAUGACGCUGAGACAAGGGGACCUGGUCCUUUACGACUCGAGGACCAUGCACUGCGGAGGUGCCAACAACUCAGACCAGAGGCGGUCUGUCUUUUGCGUGUCCACCAUGGGUCCAGGAAUUCGCCCUGACGGGACGACGUGCUGCCAACACGCGCUGUGAAACAUCUCUUCUCCAUCUUUCCUGGGUAUGGAGCUUCAUGGAUUGUUGUUUUUGACAAAGGGAGACGAACCGAAUUCCCCGGCAAUAAAUUUUAUCCAUCUCCCUUGGGGUGCCAAGCUGAGAGCCAGGUGGACCAUGCUGAGCUCCUUGCGUGGCAGGAUGAAGCUCGGGGACUUCCCCCUGGCAGCC